CUAAAAUCCGGCUCGUUUGUCGCCCUUUUUAUCUGUGUCAGUUGGCACUUGUGGGAUAUGCCACAGUAUUUGAAGCACGUUUACAACCACUAUCUGCAGAGCAAAUCGAAAAUCUCCCGUGAUCUUUCUUUUGCCUCCCCUCGACGAACAAAUCCGGAGGGCGCCGUUAUUGUCAGUGUCCUAGCAGCCAUCAAUUUUCUCCUGCACAAAUGUGAGCUGGGAUUAUUCACGGAUGUUGCUGGAGUGCACCAGCAAGGAACGCAAUUAUGGGCGCAGAACUUCCACAACAAGCUGUCAGCGAAAGGAGAAACACUGUACUACUGGGGAAUAUAUGCCGGUGUAAUUGCCGAUAUGCAGCUGGCACUGGUUCGCGGCGUUCUGACUACGUACUGCAUGCUGGCCGUUUGCACGUUUUACAACUGGCACAGGGCGAUAAUGCAUCGUGGCAAACGCAUGAACCGGAGUAUACUGAACACUUCCAUCAGGUCGGGUGGUUCUGCCAGGAUAUGAACUUCCUAUUGCGCUUAUUAUUCGCCCAUGAUUAUGUCGCAUGCGCACUGGUCCUCGGUGAACUGCAUUACCACAAACUUGGGCUAUAUCAACCAUGGAUCAAUGCCAUGGCGGCGCUCUCGCAAAUUCUGAUGACAAUCGUCUUAGCAAAUGCCGUCGCCGCCGUUAGCGAUGAGGGAAACCAUCUGACGGAUGUCUUAGACAAGGCACUGACUAAGGUGGACGGAAUAUCGGAUGCCGAAGAGAACCGGAUACUCAAACAGAUUCGGCAUUUGAAAGAGCAUUCAGUGGGCUGGAAAUUUGGUACUAUGCCCGUUGACAACCACUUCGUCUGGACUGCAGAGAUUGCUUUGGUGUUUCUGUCCGGCUUUAUCGUGAAGUGAAAUCUCAGGCGCCUCGGAACUCGGAAGCUGUUUCUUGGACCGCCGACAGCGACAACUUGGGACAGCAGCCUGCCUGCGUAACCUCAUUGAGGCUCGCAUUGCUUUUUCCGAAUAAGUGGUGUUAUUUUCUAUAAACAUUAUACAAGAAAUUUACGCUAGAAGCGUUUU